AAAGUAUAUAUUAUAAAUAUAUAUAUUGUAAAAAUGACCCAAAUUAUUCCCUUCCAAAUAUGUUUUAACCAUUGCUUCCACUGAAGGACAACUAAAUGUGGCUCUUUCAGUUCUUUGUCCUGGUGUUUGGAGAAAUCCCACAAGGCCUCUGUUGCAAGUCAAAUCAGUACAGUAAUCAUCCCAAACUUCAACUAAAAAUAAAUUAAUUUUACUGUCCAUUUAAACUUUCAUAUGAUCUGCUUUAUAGUUAAACAUUUCACUGAAUAAUUAGCAUAAAGUGAGUCUUGUUCAAUAUUUUAAAAACAUAAUAUGUAAUACUUGUGACUGUUACAUUAAGCACACAAAUGCGCUCACAAAAACACCGAAUUAAUCACUGUGGGUUUUGAUAAUUUUGAAGAACUUAAAUGUUCAUCUCCUUAAAAGUAGUACUUUUCUAAAAAGAUCUUAAAUAGCAGGUCUUGUUCACAAAGUCCCUUGACUUUGCACUGUAUCCUUUUCUGAUUUAUUGGCUGCUUAUAAUCAAUUUCUUCAAUUAUCUCUGAAGAUUGCCACUGUAUGGAGUCAUAUGCCUUAGCUUCCCAAUUCUGUGCUCUCUUUGCCACUGGACUUUUUCCCCCCCUCUUCCUCUCCUUACGCAAAAUAAACACCAAAUCAUGUUUGGGAAAACUUCUUGAGGUGUGACUUUGCUUCAUUUCCAUUGUUAAGCUUCAGGAACUAAGUUCUUAGCUGAAUUCAGGAUGAAUUCCUGCAAUUUAGCAUUUGUUGCUUUUGAAUUUUUCUUUAAAUUGAUUAACAGGUGUCGGUGUCACUUUAGUUCCCUUCCUCUUAAAUGGAAAACAUUUUGAAAAGAUAAAAUCUUUUGUUGCUGAUGAUCUAUUUUUGAGCAACCAACAAUUUUUUACGUCCAACCUAUUUCUUUACAAAUGUGAAAUAGCUUUUUUUUUUUUUUGCUAUUUGUUGUGGGCUUGAGGAUAUUAUGAAACAGUUUUCAAAUUGCUCAGCAAUCUCCCUUACGCUGGUGGUAGGGUGCUAUAUGCCAUGCAGUGGUACUUCCAGCAGUACGGGCAUGCUGCGGGAGAGGGACGUGUUGCUUAUUUCACAGUGAAAGUAUGAAGAUACUGCUGCAUUUUUUUUUAGAAACCACACUUCUCCUACCAGUAGUGGAUGACACCCGCUUUGAAUCCAAAAAAUCACUUAAGUAUUACUGAAAAACAUAACUGAGAAACAAUGUGAAAUACUAAAUAAAUAUAACUAAGAAUUUCAAACUUUGCUCUUUAGUUUUGAGAGAUUGUGGGUAAUUAGUGAAAGGACUUUCUUGUAGAGAAAAGACUUAAUUGCAGACUUUAGGCUUAGGCUAUUUUAUUUUGCCUUGCUGACUCUGGUUUAUUCCAGCCUCCUUACUUGCUUUUCAGGGGGUUACACUCUGGGUUUAUGAGGAACUUCUUCAGUAAAUUACAGAUUAACUAGAUAGGCAAGAUGGGUGAAGUGUAUAUAUCUUUGUGUUUCUCACUAACUGAAGUUGGCCUAUUUAAAAUAUAAUACCUCACCCACCUUGUCUCUCUAAUAUCCUGGGACCAACACUGAUACAACUCUGCAUGCAACAUAGAUUAAAUAGCUUGCAUCUGUGAGAAAAUGUACAUAUUCUAGCCAGGCUGUCUGUUUUGUACCUGUGGUACCUCCAGUUUUAGAUUUGGAAUCUCCGUGAUAUUUGUUCUUUGUAAAAUUAUAAGGCUGUUUUUGAGUACCUUCACUCUUGCAGUUUCAGCUGGUGCCGUCCUGCUUCUACCUUUUUCAAUAAUCAGCAAUGAGAUCCUGCUUUCUUUUCCACAAAACUACUAUAUUCAGUGGUUAAAUGGCUCUCUAAUUCAUGGUUUGUGGAAUCUUGCUUCCCUUUUUUCCAAUCUUUGUUUAUUUGUGUUGAUGCCCUUUGCCUUCUUCUUUCUGGAAUCAGAAGGAUUUGCUGGCUUAAAAAAGGAAGGGGAUCCUGAUUUUUUCUGGGGUUCUGAUUUGGGGAUCAGAGCACGUAUUUUGGAAACACUUGUUAUGCUUAUUCUUCUUGGGUUGCUUAUCCUUGGAAUAGUGUGGGUGGCGUCCGCUCUCAUUGACAAUGAUGCUACCAGUAUGGAGUCUUUGUACGAUCUUUGGGAAUUCUACCUCCCUUAUUUAUAUUCCUGUAUAUCGCUGAUGGGAUGUUUAUUACUUCUCUUAUGCACGCCAGUGGGGCUUUCACGAAUGUUUACAGUGAUGGGUCAGUUGCUGGUGAAGCCAACAAUCCUUGAAGACCUGGAUGAACAGAUAUACAUCAUCACCUUAGAGGAAAAAGCAAUCCAGAGGAGACUAAACGGUGUGUCUUCUACUAUGGAGUACAAUACAGUGGAGCUGAGACAGGAACUUGAAAAUGUGAAGAGCAUGAAAACAAAAUUAGAGCGGCGGAAAAAAGCUUCUGCGUGGCAGAGAAAUUUAGUGUAUCCAGCUGUUAUGAUACUGCUGCUCAUUGAGACGUCCAUCUCAGUCCUCUUAGUUGCCUGCAACAUUCUUUGCCUGUUGAUUGAUGAGACUGCAAUGCCAAAGGGAUCAGGGGAGCCUGGAAUAGGAAAUACCUCCCUAUCCACUUUUGGUUUUGUGGGAGCAGCACUUGAAAUCAUUUUGAUUUUCUAUCUUAUGGUAUCCUCUGUCGUCGGCUUCUAUAGCCUUCGCUUUUUUGGAAAUUUCACUCCCAGGAAGGAUGACACAACUAUGACAAAGAUAAUUGGAAACUGUGUGUCAAUCUUAGUGCUCAGCUCUGCUUUGCCAGUGAUGUCAAGAACACUGGGAAUUACGAGAUUUGAUCUGCUUGGAGACUUUGGAAGGUUUAACUGGCUGGGAAAUUUCUACAUUGUGUUAUCGUACAAUUUGCUCUUUGCUAUCGUGACGACUCUAUGUCUGGUCAGAAAGUUCACCUCUGCUGUGCGGGAAGAGCUCUUCAAAGCAUUAGGUUUAGAUAAACUUCAUCUGUCGAACAAUGCAAGAGACUCUGAGACAACAAAGCCUUCUGCAAAUGGGCAUCAGAAAACACUGUGAGAAGCAAUCAUCUUCAAUCAAUAGAGCUGAAAACUUCAACCUCAUGACAUUCCUGUCAUCUUCAUCAAAGUAUCUUUGUAUUAAUUUCACUUUUAAUUUUGGGUCCAAUCUUCUCUCACUUUUCACACUGUGUAUUUCUGAGAAACCAAGCUACUUCAGAUUCUACCAUUUCUGAUUUGAUUUUGUAUACUCCCCAUCGGUUUAUGCAGGAGGUGCCUUGAAGACUGGAAGCUGAGAAAAAUAAUGAAUUCCUCUUUGGACAGAGCCUCAUGUUUCUAGAUAUGGUGCCCUACUACCAUGUUAAGUGUACAAUACCUCCUCUGUGAUAUAAAUAUAAUGCUGGUGAACAACUCUGAGACUUGGAAAUAAAGGGUACAUUUGAAGCCCAGUAUAACUCUUAUUAGGAAUGUUUAGGUGUCUUUAACAGCAAGAUGCACUUCUUUUCUACUAAGAGUUCAUUAAAAAAUUGAAGUAAUUCGGAGAGAUCACUUACUUUCAUACAGGAUUCACUAGGGUGUAUGUAACGUUUGGCAUCAUGAAGCACUCUUACAGACCCAGCAUUGUAGGCUUUUUAUUCUUAGUUUUAAAUGACAGAAGGUAGUUUUCUUCAGUGGUAAUUGGAAGGUGUCUUAUCAAGUCUAAUGAACACAAGAUAAAUUCUAACAUACUUCGCUGUUAAAUCUGAGCCCAGUAUGCUUUUUAGAAAGCUAUGCUGGCCUCUUAUUGUUAUAAUUCUUACAGUACUAUAACUUACAGUAAGUGUUAUGCCAUUGAGGUCAGUCGCCCUUCAAAAUAUAAGCACGUAAAAUUCUGUUAACUCUGUUUGUGUGCACGCGCACAUAUCAACACAAGUAGCAUAGACUUUGUCUAGUUAUCUGCAGUUGCACACAGUUUCCUUAAAGGUUUUCGGAGUUGAGUCCUGGUGAUAAUAGUGCAGUAUAUUGUAGCUCAAUGGUGCAAGCCACUUUCUUUCACUAAUCUCUGUUUUUCACUAACCUCUUCAGUCUUUAGUUUCUCUCAUAUAUGUGUGUGUACACACACACACACACAGAGGAAUGCUUAUAGCUCAGUGCAAGCCAUUAUUUUUCACUAAUCUCUUCAAGUCUUUAGUUUCUCCUAUAUACUAUAUAGUACUAUAUCUGCAUAUAUAGUACUGUAUAGCGUGUGUGUGUGUAGUAUACUAUAUAUGUUGAAUACUAAGCUUACAGAAACGAUGCAGUCGGUUGUGUCAGCAAAACCUACAGUUCAGUCUUUCUUGUGAGUAUGGAGCUUUCUGCAAUGUAACAUGAUUUAGCUGCUCUGAGCCCUUAGACCCAGAAUGGCACUGAUGAGGAGAAAUUCAGUAUUUUCUUUAGCAUUGCUAUAGAAUCAGAAGUCCUACAAGUAGUAUGUGACAAUCACAGGUCACUAUUAAAAUAUUUAUACUUUUGCCUGUUGUCCAACACUGCUGCUCUAACACUUGACUUGAAAAGAGGAAGUAUAAAGGCUCUAAGGAGGACCAUUGCAUGCAUAUGUGUGUUCUGUAGACAGAUCAGGCAAGGUUACUAAAACAGUUUUUGGUAAGUUUAAUGUUUCUUCUUUCAUAUUUAUGUAAAACUGAAAUAUGUCCACUUGAGGUCUGAGCCCUUCCACUCAAUCAAACCAUGAUAAUGGGCUUAUAUCCAGUAAGAUUCUGAAACAAGUUAGUCUCUUCUGAUGUCAAAUAUCUCUUAUCUGUUCUCUUCCUGAGUAAUUUCUGAGUUCUGGACGUACGCUUAAUGAAAUAUGAGUGAGAUGGGAGCUUAGUGGAGUGCUUCACAAGCAAACCCCAAGCAACAGCCACAAAAAUUAAUGGUUUCCUGAAGUGGCCUUUUCUGAAUGGAAAUUGGGCAUAAUAUAAAUACUACUGCAAUAAUUUCUGAGCUAUAUCUACUGCUUACUAACUAGGUUUGGGUAUGUUGUACCAUUUUUGAGAGAGUAAAAUUGUAAGUCUCAAGGAAAAUUAGCAAACAUCUUUUCCUGUUGCUUACAUUUAUUGUUGAGUUUUUGGACAGCAGAAAUUAUUUUUCUCUCCAUUGAGGCAAAGUUCCAACCAAGAACAGAUAACUACACAUAAAUUACUUUAAAAAAUGGAUUCACAUUAUAAACAUUACAAGAUUUAUUAGUAAAAGCAUUGACUCCUUGUAUCUGUUGAGAGUGUAUGGGCUUAUGCAUUAGAAGUGUAAAGAAUGAUAAUAUAAAUUAUCCACUUUUUAUCUUUGGAAAUGAUAAUAUGACUAUAAUUGUACCAUAUCCCCACUGAGAGUGUGGUAAACUGUGACAUAUGAUAGGGUUAUUUAAUUUUAUAAAACAUAUUCCAGCUUUCUGUAACAUUGUGACUUUAAGGUAGUUGCCUCAGUAAGAUUUUUUUUUUUUUUGAUCAGAUGAAAUUGUCUGCAUAAAGAUCAAAAAGCAAAAAUUUCUACUCAAGCUCUGGAUUAUAUCUGCCUUAAUUUUGAUCUUCAUCCUUCUCUCGGUAUUGAGUCCACAGCAGAAACUGACUUUUUUUUUUGAUGGCAUGUGUUCUGUCAAUAAUUCAAGGAAAUUUAAAAAAAGUCAAACAAUUCACCAUGCUUAUAUAUGAUUCCCCAAAAUGGAUUGUGUUUGGCUAGUGAGUUGUCUGGAGGCAAGCUCCAGUAGAUAGGUUCACAAAUAGUAAGAAUACAAGUUUUAUAGUAUGUAGGCAAAAAAAGAAGAAAGACUUGCAGUGUUUUCCCCCUUGUCUUAGUAUUUCUUUCCCUUCCAAAACAAACACUGCUGCAUACUGAUUGCACUCCUUCUAGUGGGUUGUGCUUUGAAUCUUAGAGUCACAGAUAUGUAUUAGUUAAAAAGAGUACUUAAAUAAAGACACUGUAUACUGGAAAGAAGGCAAAAGUGUAGGUUCAGUGUGGUUCUUACAGUGGAUUAAUCUUCAGAGAAAAUCCAGCCUUUCUGUAGCUGCGGACAGUGUUCUAACGUCUACUUUUUGUAUUGUGACACUGUCUACAUUAAAAGUCCUGAAACUGACAUUCUAUAUGCAAAACGUUUUACAGAUACAGUGCUACUUUCAAACCAUAAAUAUAACACAUUGAUCAUGUAGUCACAGAAGGGUAAAUUCAUUUACACAGAAGCAAUGGAGAAGUCAUUAAUGGAUAUUGACAGUGCACUUCCAAUGUUUUGUCUCAUGAAGUCAGGUGGUCUGUACCUCUCAGGUGUAUACAGCAGAUAUUGGUGACAUCAAUAUCUGCCUCAUUAUAAGGCUAAAGCACAGAGAUGCUCCUGUCUGAUAAACAAGAUACAUUUUUGGUCUGAUUUGUGGUAUGUGAAUUAAGUGUCUUAAGUUAGCCACCUCUUGGCUUUCUCCUGUGUUGGUAGCACAAUAUUCAAUACAUAGUGCCAGAAUUGUUGUAAUGUGGUGGGAUUAUUAAGUGUAAGCACAUCUUCAGUAUUUACCUUUUAAGGUGAAAAUUAAACUGGUAUGAUGUUACUUUAGAAGUAACGAUUUUUGGAUUCAUAGGAAACUUUGUUUACAGAUUGUAAUGGUGUUUAUUGUUGGCCCUGUUUCUCCAAUAUCUUUUACACAGUUGACUGUUCUAGUGUCAUAGAAAUUAAAGAAUUUAACAAGAAAUUAUUUCGUGUUUUGGUU